CCUGCUGUAUGUGCAGUAAACAUAACAGGUGAGAGGGAACAGCAACACUGUGAACCUUCAUCUGUGAGCUGUCAGCCAUGGAUCCGUAUCAGAACCACAGAGACUACAGGAACCAGCAGAACCCAGGGAGAACCACGGCAGGAACACCUGGAACAUCUGGGGGGGACCUGACACCUGAUAGCCCCAGCGGAGAGGCAGCUGAGGCCCGGAACACACCUGCGACCACUCGGGAGCCACAAUACUCAGUCGGAUAUACGAUGAUCCCGCCCAAUGAAUCCCGGCGAAGCAAGACUCAAAUGAUGGCUCAGAAAGAGGAGGAGGCGUUUCAGAGAUGGAGAGAGGAAAACAGACCCCAACCCGUGCAGCCCGUCUCAGAGAAGCUGGGUGGGACUGCAACGAUGUGUGCAGCCAGGGAGAAGCAGCUUUCAGAAUUACGCAGCGCCAAACUGCAGAAGAAGCUGAAACAGGAGGAGGCGGACAAGAAGAGGAGACAAGAGGAGGAAGAGGAGAAUCAGAGGAUGAAAGAUAAACAGAGGGAGAAGGCGGAGCGUCUGGAGGAGAGGGAGCGUCAGGAGCAUCAGCGGAGGAGGGAGCAGCACCGACCGGAUCAACUCAGGAAGACUGAGACUUUUCUGCAGAGGUUCGAGAGGUCAGUGCCGAGUUCCCUGGCAUCGGCCGGUGCUACACACACUCCAUCUCGGAAUGAGGCUGCGGCAGGCAGCGUGAGAGACGUGCAGCUGGAACACAGGAGGGUGAACGCAGCCUUCCUGGACAGACUCGAGGGUCGAGGCGAAGAGACAAAGCAGGAAAGCAUCCAGGAAACACCGUGUCCCUCCUCGGCUUUUGAGGACUUUAAUUACAACCCGCCUCACCUGAACCCAGAACCAGAGCACAGCUACUUGGAGUGGACCGAGGAAGCUGAGCUGGAGCCGGACCUCAAGAGGCUGAUGGAGAGCUUUCCAGGAUACAGCACCGACUUCCUGGAGGACAUCCUGGUCCAGUGCAACAGGGACUGCGAGGAGGCCUACGCACUACUGCUCAACUGUGCAAUGGAUUAACGUCAGUGUUGUGAUUGCAUUCCUCGAUUAUAAAGAUAACCUAAAGUGUGUGACUUUGGUUGUGUGUGAUUGUAGAUGCAACCUCUACACAGCUGCAUUAAAUAUACAUACCUCCAGAGCA